AUUCGGAUAAGGAGAAACGGGGUUGGACGAAGCCGAAUUAGGGUUUUUGUGUCGAGAUUCGGGGAAAAGGGCGAUGAUCGAGCCGAGUAGGAGAUCCCCGGAUGGCUCUCCUCCGCCGCCGCCGCCUCCGCCGCGGGAUCGGAGCGGAGGCGGCGGCGCCGCCGACGAGCUCCGGCGACGCGGCAGCGUCGGAGGCGGAGGCGGGGAAGGGGGAGGAGAAGAAGGUGGGGAGCCUCCUCGCGGCGGCGAUGAAGAAGUACGCGGUGCCCCGCUCCUCGAGCUACCACGGGGUCACGAGGUUGAAGUGGAGUGGCAAGUAUGAGGCGCAUCUGUGGGACAAUACGAGCCAAGUCGAAGGCCGGAAACGCAAGGGGAAACACGUGUAUCUGGGAAGCUACGAGUCAGAGGAGAAGGCGGCUAGGGCACAUGACCUUGCAGCGCUUAAAUACUGGGGUCCUGGCCCAAAUGCCAAACUUAACUUCUCAGUAUCAGACUACGAGAAAGAGCUCGAGGUAAUGAAGACCAUGUCUCAGGAAGAAUUUGUGGCCUACGUAAGGAGGACAAGCAGUUGCUUCUCUAGAGGAGCUUCAGUGUACAGAGGAGUAACAAGAAGGAAGGACGGAAAAUGGCAAGCCCGAAUUGGUCGGGUUGGCAGUCGGGAUGCCAAAGAUAUCUACCUUGGAACUUUCGAUACUGAAGAAGAAGCAGCCGAAGCUUAUGACAUUGCGGCCAUCGAACUGCGAGGUGUCAAUGCUGUAACGAACUUUGAUAUCAGCAACUACUGUGACGGAGGUCUGAAGCAAUUGGACGCCCCGUGCAACCUGGAAACAUAAGGGCCCGAUAGAACUUAAACACUUACCAAAGAAAUGAAUGUAUAUUCAUUUACCAAUUCCUAAUACCUUUAGAUCAUAUCUUUGUUCUCUUAUUUUUCUUUUUUAGUUGUAAAAUGUAGCAGCUAUAUUACUGCUCGCGGAAAAGGUUUUGAGAGGCGGUAGUUGGGAUCAGGGAUAGGUUUUCUUAGAUCAGAUCAGAAGGGACUUUGCUAACCUUUGUUUCCUACAGGAAUUAAUUACUUUCUCUAACCUUUUCCACCUUAAACCUUCUCAUGCUCCUAUAAGGAAUGUUAACUCAAUGAGGCAUUUAAAUUCCAAAGCUCUGCAAUACCUGUUGCAUAUCAGUUUUA